AGGGAGGAGACCUCGGCAGCCUACUCCACUGAGCUCAUCAAGUCACGCACCGCACUCACUCAGCUCGGCUCAGCUCUCUGAGUCACUCUGACCACGUACGUACGAGCGAACAAGGCAAUGGCAUCGUCGCUCCCGGCGUUCACGGUGCGGCGCGGGGACCCGGUGCUGGUGGCGCCGGCGGGGCCGACGCCGCGGGAGACGAAGCCGCUGUCGGACAUCGACGACGCCGAGGGCAUGCGCUUCUACAGCUCCGGGAUCCACCUGUACCGCGCCAACCCGGCCAAGGCCGGGCAGGACCCGGCCAGGGUCAUCCGCGACGCGCUGGCCCGGGCGCUCGUCCCCUACUACCCUCUCGCCGGCCGCCUCCGCGAGGUGGAAGGAAGGAAGCUCGUGGUGGACUGCGCCGCGCAGGGCGUCAUGUUCGCGGAAGCCGACGCCGACGGCCUCACCGCCGCCGACUUCGGGGACGUGCAGAGCCCGCCGUUCCCGUGCUUCGAGCAGUUCAUCCUGGAGAGCACCACCGUGGCCGGCGUCGAGCCCGUGGUCGACCGCCCCCUGCUGUACGUCCAGGUCACGCGCCUCAGGUGCGGCGGGUUCAUCUUCGGCCAGCGCUUCUGCCACUGCGUCGUGGACGCCCCGGGCGGCAUGCAGUUCGAGAAGGCCGUGUGCGAGGUCGCGUGCGGCGCGGCCGCGCCGUCCGUGGCGCCGGCCUGGGGCAGGGAGAUGUUCAUGGCGCGCGACCCGCCGCGGCCCGCGUACCCGCACCUCGAGUACCGCGAGCCCGCGGGCGGGCCCGCAGACCGGAUGCUGUGCACCGCGCCCGCCGACAUGGCGCGCGUCCCCUUCUUCUUCGGGCCCAGGGAGAUCGCGGGGCUGCGGCAGCGCGCCCCGCCCGGCGCGCGCUGCUCCCGCUUCGAGCUCGUCGCCGCGUGCAUCUGGCGCAGCCGCACCGCCGCGCUCGGGUACGCGGCGGACCAGGAGGUGCGCCUGUCCUUCAUCGUCAACGCGCGCGGCCGGCCCGACAUCCCGCUCCCCGAGGGCUUCUACGGGAACGCCUUCGCCUACUCCGUCGCGGCGGCCACCGCGGGGGAGCUCUGCGCCGGGGACCUAGGCUUCGCGCUCGACCUGGUGAGGAAGGCCAAGACGGCGGUCACCUACGACUACCUGCUGUCCGUGGCGGACCUCAUGGUGCUCACGGGCCGCCCGCUGUUCGCGGUGUCGAGGACGUACAUCGUGUCGGACGUCAGCCACGCCGGGUUCAAGAGCGUCGACUUCGGCUGGGGCGAGGCCGUCUACGGCGGGCCGGCCAAGGGCGGCGAAGGGCCGCUCCUCGGCGUCACCAACUACUUCUCGAGGGCAAAGAAUGGCAAGGGGGAGGAGGGCACCGUCGUGCCCAUCUGCCUGCCCAAGGACGCCAUGGAGAAGUUUCAGCUCGAGGUGGAAGGCCUCACCGCCGAGCUCUAGCCGACCGAGCCGCAUGCAUAUGUGCAUGUGUACGGUGUGCGCAUGCACGGCACCGAAUAAACAGUAGCCCACCAGGAUAUCAUCACAAUACGAUGUACACACGUACGUAGAUAGUAAAACGUCAUAAGCACGGACACCAUACUAUACUAUACUAUACAUAGAUAGUAAAACGUCAUGAACCACGAACACCAUACUAUACGUAAUAUCGUGUGCUGUUUUCGUACUGUAUUUCCGUACAUACUCGACAAAACACGAUGGUGGUGUGCACACAUGUUUUGUGUAGGGUAACUUUGUAAACGAUUCAUAUACUACUUGCAGGUUUGUAAUAUUGUCAUUCCCUCCCGCCUUCAAGUUGCAAAGCUAGACCCUUGUAUUUCUUCUU